AGAACGCUCGGGUCUCAAAUAGUUAAUUUGAAUAACAGGAUGUUAGUUUUGGACCUUGUCAUAUAAGGGCGAGGUUUUUUUCACGAGACACAACCUACAGUGAAACAUUCACAUUUAAACCAGGAGUCCGACCACAAUGGAGAUUGGUGACAUGAUUGAGAUCAACAGAGGUGCAUACAAACACUGGGCUCUGUACAUUGGAAAUGGAGAUGUCAUCCAGUUGGUAACUCCAGAUGGGCCUUCAAGAGUAUCUUUCUGCAGUUUUAGCUCAUCCAGCGGCAGUGUUUCCUGUAAAGGCACGAUUACAAUAGAGACAUUACAGGAUGUGGCAGCAGGGAAUACUUACAAAAUCAACAACUACCUGGAUGACGAGUACAAACCAAGGAGGACUGACGUCAUUAUGGGGGAAGUGGACAAAAUGAGAGGCAGCACAAUAAAAUAUGACCUCCUUGGACAGAACUGCGAGCAUUUUGUUACUUUCCUCCGUUAUGGCAAAUCAGAGUCCAAACAGGCAGAUGACUUCAUGAAGGAUUUGUUAGGUAGUCAGCUAGGCCUGAUUGGUGUACUGGCUGCUGUUGCUGUUUCUACAGCUGCUGCAGCAAGCAAACUUAGUAAAUAAUUUAUUGGUUCUCUCAUGAGUCCAUUGAGAAUGUCAGUAAUGCAAAAUGUUUUUUAUAACCUAAUGAAUAAAGGACCAUCUCAAAGACCAA